AUGGCGACCCCAUACCAAGACGCAUCCCAGGGCACCCCUUACUACGCGGCCACGCCCACCCCCUCCGCACCUUCGCCUCGCGCCCAGUCCACCCCCGAUUUCACGCAACCAGGACCGAGCUCGUCCGCCGCUCAGGCCCAGAAGCCAGCCCCCGCCCACACCGCAGAGGAGGCGCGCAAGGACAAAACGCUCGCCGAGUUCCUGCUGAUGCUCGACGACUACGAACCGCUGAUCCCGAACGAGGUCACGGAGUACUACCUCCAGCGGGUCGGGUUCGAGUGCGAGGACGUCAGGCUGAAACGCCUCCUGUCUCUCGCCGCGCAGAAGUUCGUGUCGGACAUCGCGGCGGACGCGUACCAGCACGCGCGCAUACGCGCGAACGCCGCGGGGGCCGGUCGAGGGCGAACCAGCCGAUGGGAGCGGCGUCGGCACGAAGGUGCUCUCGCCGUGCAGGAAAAGACAAAGACGACGCUCACGAUGGACGACCUCGGGGCCGCGCUCGCGGAGUACGGCAUCAACUCGCGCAAGCCCGAGUUCUACAUGUAG